AUCGAGGCGAGCCCCGCGCGGGGGCGGCCUCGCGGGAGAUCAAAGCCCUUGACCGCGCGGCUCCGCCCCCCGCGGGCAUGGGCAGGGGCAUGGGGGAGGGCAGGGGAGGGGAGGGGGAGGGCAGGGGCAGGAGCAGGAGGAGGCGGACGAGAAAGAGCAGGGGCAGGGAGAGGAGGAGGGCGCUGCGACUCCGCCACGGCGCCCGAGCUCGGUGCCCGAUCGGCGCGCGGCCCUCGCCGCGCCCGAGCUGCACGGCGCCGGCAGCGGGGGAGCCGGGCGGCCGACCUUGCCUUGCCGUGCCGCCUGCCUCUCACGGCCUGGGCCUCGUUCUCACUUCCCCCCAUCUCGCUCGCCGCCGAGCUGUGCCAGAACUCCUGCAGGAAGGACAUGCCCGACUGCAUGCCAGAAGCAUGAGGAGGAGGAGGAGGAGGAGGAGGAGGAGGAGGAGGAGGGAGGGAGGUCAAAGCGGUUCCGGAGAGGGUCGCGACGGACUAUGGCGGCGCAGCCGAGGGGGGUGGCGCCCAGCGGGGCGGCCCUCCGAGCAGACGGGGGGCCCCUCGGAGGGCACGCGGGCACUCCCCGGAGGGGCCCGGCGGCUUCCGCGAGGGUCCGUCCCGGGAGGGGCCAGAGGAGUUCGCGCGGGGGACCGACGGCCUCAUU